GAUGAGCGUGAAAAACCGAAUCUAGAAAUAUAUGUUUAAGCUAAAACAAAAAACUGCUGUAAUUUUGAAUUACCCGCACCUUAUAUAUUCCAUAAAAAGUAGUACGUCUCGAGUAACCAAAUACUUUCUUAUUAAGAGAACAAUUUUAGACUUGAAAUCUUGUUUAAAAUAUUUCAUGAAUCUAAAAUGGUUUUUGAUUCGUAUAACUGAAGACAGACAGUUACUUGAUAUUUAAAUUGUUCAUAAUUAUUUUAAAAGUCAAACCAUUUCUUCUUUACAUUAACCGAAAGAUUCUGUAUUGAAUACAAUAAUUCUUUUGUUUAAAGCAAUUUUUCAUUUUUAUUGGUCUUAUGAAUACAUGUUUCAUAGAGAAAGCACUUCGAUUACUUAUUUUUGAAAUAUCAAAUAUUUUAUUUUUCGUUUUCUUUUAUAGGUUCUCAAAAAAAAUUGAAUGAUAAGGAAUUGAAAUUUGGAUAGCUUUGUAUUGUAUUACUAUUCGAUAGUGACAUAUGAAAGAAAAAGAAUUUUGGAAUACUGUCAAUUAUAAUCUACUAAAAGUAUACCAUUUUACAGAAGAGUGACGAAUUAAGCCAGUAAAAUACAUGUAAAAUCCAGUGACUCAAAAAAAAUUCCAUUGAGAGAUACAGAAACGGAGUAUAUUAUUAGAGUGUGGCAUAUAUUUGGUAAUCUUUUGAACAAUUAGCAGUCAUUUUAUUCACUAGUGGACAUUGCAUAAAGUGGGCAUUUGUAGAAUCUUUAACGACCAUCUUUUUGUCUUGCAUUAUUGAUUUAACAGUGUGCGAUCGUACUGAUAGAGAUAUGAUAUGACUAUAGAAAUACAACCGCUCAUGAAAUAUUAUUAUCUAGGGUAACGAUAGAGACUGUUUUUCAGUGGAUCAAAAAAAUAUUUCAAUGUUAUUUUAUACCAUUCACUUUCUAUACUCAAGAUUUUCUCUCCAAAUAAUAGUUUUUUCACCAUACAAAAUGGAGUAUUGUUGAUGGAUAGGGGCAUGAUGAUUAAGUGUAUUUUUAUCUAGGUUGAAAAAGAUAAAGUACGAUGCAUUUUGAUGUUAUAUGCUGCCUAGAUAGUAUACUAUUGUUUUAAAAGUAUUAUUAAAAUCAUGCAUCGUCAUUAUCAUUUCUCUUUUUUCUUUCUUUAGACAAAGAUACUUUUUUUUCUUACUAUGUGUUUCAGCAUGAAAAGAACAACAAAAAAAAUUACUAUCACAUGGUUUUCAUCGUUGAUCAACCUAUUCAAUGGGUUUACAAAUAUGAUAAUAUGUUUUGACUUUGCUUAAUCGAACAAAAAAUAAUAAUCAUCAGACGCUUAUGUUUAUAGUUGAGUCGCUUUUUUAACCCAUAGUUAUCGACAGAAUACAUUUGGAUGAGUACCCAGGUUGUCCUAGUUCGUUAAUCAUACUAAGUGCCAAGCACAGAAAAAAGAAGAAUUUUUUUUGAGUAUUUCAAUAUUGUAGUAUCCAUUAAUUUCAUCAAAUAAAAUGUAUAAAUAGUAACAAAAUGAUCUCUUCAAGGUCGUUUAAAGACUAUUAAAAAAUAUCAUUCGAAAAAAGAUCUUAUAGAAAAUACGAAUUAGAUCAUAAGGAAGCCAACGUGUUAGCCUCUCAUUUUUUGGUAAGUUACCUUUCUUAGCUGUUCAAAUCGUAUCUUUCAUUAACAACGAAAUUGUCACAAUAAAGAACAAAACUUCUGCAUUCUCAACUUUGAAAAAACAAGUGCAUGCACUCUAUUAGCUACCAAUACAUUUUUUUGCACUUUGCUUUUUUGUUUUUCUUUCGCCGUAUCACUCGUAUACAAUACCAAACAUCCUCUGGUUAAUGCAUGACUAUGAUAAAAAUAGGUCAAUCAAUAUCAUGCUCGUAAACAAUCUUCUUUCAAUAUAAAUACAAAGCGAUAUGUAUGUUUCUUUUCAUUUAUUGACUAUACUUAUUUCAUUAACACUACUUGCUCGUGUUUACUUCGUUCAUAAUGCUGUGCACAUGGAUAUUUUAUCUUAGCGGAAUUAUUGCGGUGUUAUUAUUUUUUAAACCUUUCAUUGACGAAGAUAUUUUAACAUUAACAAAACAUCAUCGUAUGGCAAUAUUUCAUCGAAUGCUUUCCUUUCGAAAUAAAAUCUUCCCAUUUAUACAUCCUCUAUCAAUAAGAACGGAUGCAGAUUCAAAAGCAUUAGUUGAAUUAAUUUCACUUUAUCAUUCAGAACUUGACUUAAGUGAUGAUUUCACCAAUAAUGAUAUUGAACAGUUUCGUUAUCAUUCAAAACAAAUGUUAACUGGUUUAUUUCCUGCAAAAUCAUCAUCUUGUCUUAUUCAACAUCAUACAUUUCAAUAUAAUACUAAACAAAUAAAUAUGUAUUCUAUACAACAUGAAAAAAUAAAUGAUUGGAAAUGUUCUAAUCAACCAUUAAUUCUUUAUUUUCAUGGUGGUGGAUUUGUUUUUGGUGAUAUUGAUACAUAUUCUGGUUUUGAAUGUCAUCUAUCAAAAUCUCUUAAUAUGU